GGUUGUUAUUGACCAGCUAUUCAGCUUCCUACAUUUGUUUUGUCUCCGGGUCGUGAAAUGAAGCGUUCUUUUAGUGAGAGCGAUUCGGAGGAGGGAUAUCUUUUUGAGCAAAAUUCCGAUGGACUCUACAACGAACAUCCCGAAGUUAGUGCUCGGAAGAGACGUCGAGGGCAAAUUGAGAAGAAACGGCGAGAUCGCAUAAACAGUUCUCUCGCAGAGUUACGACAACUGGUGCCUGCUGCCCUUCAAAAACAAGGCUCGACAAAGCUGGAAAAGGCAGAGAUCCUUCAGUUGACUGUAGAGCACUUGAGAGGUUUAAAAUACGGCGCUGAAUAUAACCCAGGUUUCACUAACACGCGUGCGAUUGACGAACGCAUACCAGGACGCCAGGAAUGCAUGGCUGAGGGCAAGCCAUGCCUGUCCGCCUCUGCAGAAGGGUCGGAAACCGCAUGCAGGACUCCUGCAAGGAGGCAAAUCAUAAAUCAUCUCAACUGGAAUACUUCAUUACAAAGCGGUUACUAUUGCGGUCCGAGCCCGCCCAGCACGACUACAAUAGUUCCAACUUUGAAAACCGAGCCAAACUUGUCAGUACCUUGGCAAAGUUCAAGUGCAAUCUUAUCAUGCGAUAAACAGGAUGUUAACAACAAUUUCGAAAAAGACCAGGAUCAAGUGUAUAAGGGAAAAGAUUGGCGUUUAUCUGUUGCUCUGAAUUACCCUAUCAUUCUUCCAUUCCAAGCGCCAGGUCUUUCCAAUGUUCGGCGCUCCCCGUCAAGUGAAACAGUACCUUUGAUUGACUGGUCGAUGGCUUUGAUAACGAAAACCAAAAUUUCUACCCCUUUUAAAGCCCCUUGGGUACCAUGAAACCGGCGAAAUGGAGCGAAUUAAGGUUAGCGCUUGGAAAAUGAGAAAAAUAGUCAUGACCAUUCCAGUAUAGUGUCGCGAAAACAAAGUCUUUGAUCAAGGCAUUAACAUUGCUCAACUCACUUGUCCUUCAGACCGAGAAGCUGCCAAGAAUAAGUAGCCGUCACGGUGACCGAUCUGUAAAACCUUUAACAGAGACUCGUUUCUAAAAGCAGAAGGGAUUAUUUUUUUUGGAAACUUAAUUGAAUAAAAUUCGAUGAAAAAGAGUACAUGACUAUCAAAGAACUCUUUUGUUUGCUCUUAAUCAAUUUUCGGUUGAACGUAAAAGUACACACAUUUUGUUUUUCUCGUUUUGGAGGAAUUAACUUUGAUUGCAUAUUACUGAUGUCUGCUUCUGCGGCUGAUAUUUUGU